AUGGAUAGAUACGAGGAAAACUACUUGGACGGGUCGGAAAUAGCCACUUUACAACACCAAGAGCAAGAGGAACAAGAAGAGCAAAUACCAUCUCAUCCAGCACCUACUCAGAAUAUAGUAGAUGAAGAAGAGUUGUUGGCAGCGCAAGCGGCAGCCGAGGCAGCAGCAGCAGCCCAACUGCAACAACCAGGAGGCGCAUUCAAUAAUGUUGGACAGGGUUUAACGGGAGUUUAUAGAGAUAUGAUGAUGCAAUAUUGGCAGGAAACUAUUAAUUCGAUCGAACACGAUGAACACGAUUUUAAGAACCACCAGUUACCGUUAGCUAGAAUCAAAAAAGUCAUGAAAACAGACGAAGACGUUCGAAUGAUAAGUGCAGAAGCCCCAAUUUUGUUCGCCAAGGGAUGUGAUGUUUUUAUAACGGAAUUAACUAUGAGAGCAUGGAUUCAUGCCGAAGAAAACAAGAGAAGAACAUUACAGAAGUCGGAUAUAGCUGCUGCAUUAACAAAGAGUGAUAUGUUUGAUUUCUUGAUUGAUAUUGUUCCAAGAGAAGAAGAAAAGCCUAAAAAGUCAUACUCAUCCCUGUCCAGAUCUGGAAGCUACGCUAAUAUCCCUCCAAAUUCGAAUCCAACAUUGUCUAACGCAAGCCAGCAGCAAAUACCCACAAGCCAGCCUAAGAAUAUUUCGCACAUUCCUGGGAAUAUCAACGAAGAUCAAGACAUAAAGAAUGAUGAUAGGCAAAUAAAUGAUCCGCAGAUUCUCCACCAACAAAUGCUCCAACAGCAAAUGUUACAGCAGCAACAACAACAGCAACAACAGCAACAACAACCACCACCACCACCACAACAACCACAACAUCAGCAACAGGCACAACAUCAGCAACACCAGCAACAACUAGAGCAACAACAACUAGAGCAACAACAACUAGAACAACAACAACUAGAACAACAACAACAACAACAACAACAACAACAACAACAACAACAACAACAACAACAACAACAGCAACAACAACAAAAAGAUCAAUCACAAGCAGAACAACCCGAGCCGCAGUUACCACCACAACAAAUAAAACUGGAACAAAAUUAUUCUGAGAUGCCCCAGUUCCCAGAAGGAACUACACAACCACCCCAAAUCAGCAACCGAAAUGAAUUUCAGAAUUUCAACUUCCAAGUUUACGAAUGA